AUGCAGCUUAUCGAUGAGCGCAAAGAAGUCUUCCAAAGCACAGAGUCAGCCACCGCUCCUGCAGGAGAUGUCUCUAGUCUGAAGAUCAAUGGCAGUAGACUCAUGUAUUCGCUCCAUGAGUCGUGUCAAUUCGGGAAGGCACAUCCUUAUGGAACACACGAGACAGAAACAGGGAUGGCCCGUCUAGCUCUCGACGCAGCCGACAAAGCGGUUCGAACGUGGUUCGUGCAAGAAGCAAAAUCUCUUGGUUGUAUAAUCACAGUCGACCAAAUGGGCAAUCUUUUUGCUGUCCGGCCUGGGAAGAAUUCAGCAGCGCCUCCAGUCAUGAUGGGCUCACACUUGGAUACUCAGCCCACGGGCGGAAGAUACGACGGAAUACUUGGUGUAUUGGCUGGCCUGGAAGUUUUGCGGACGCUCCAUGAAAGCGACUAUCAGAGUGAAGGAAAUAUUGGAGUGGUCAACUGGACGAAUGAGGAAGGUGCCCGCUUUCCAAUCAUAACUAUGUCUUCAGGCGUAUGGUCCGGUGCCAUUCCGUUGGAAAGCGCAUGGAACUGCCAGGAAGUCACUCCAAGCCAGGAUGGAUACCGAUACACCGUGAAAGAAGAACUGGAACGCAUUGGCUUCUUGGGCAGCACUCCCGCAUCAUACGAAACCCAACCAAUCGCAGCACAUUUCGAGCUCCACAUCGAACAAGGUCCUAUAUUGGAAGAUGAGAGACGCAAAAUUGGUGUCGUCACUGGCGGACAAGCUCACAAAUGGUUCGAAGUGGCGGUGAGGGGGAGCGACAGUCAUGCUGGCACAACACCUAUAGCGUCAAGAAAAGAUUCCGUCCUGGCUGCUGCGAAGAUGAUCGUUGAAUCGAACAAUAUCGCAAAAGCAUAUUCCGGGCUGAUCACAACUGGACUUGUCGAGACAGAGCCGGGGAGUAUCAAUACCAUAGCGCACACUGCCCGCUUCACUCUCGAUAUGCGGCAUCCUUCUGACAGCGUACUUGCACAAAUCGAAGAGGAUUGCCGAACGAAAUUCAGCAUUAUUGCCGCGGAUGACAGUGAUCGAGGUGUAUCGAUUGAAUGGCGACGACUGGCUGGAAAUCCGGCAGUAAAAUUCCAUCAAGAUUGCAUUACCGUCAUCCAACAUGCCGCCGAAGAGACUGUCGCAGAUCUACCAAAGAUUGCUGAAGACGGGAAGUUAUGGAAACAUAUGGUCAGUGGCGCGGGGCACGACAGUUUUCAUACCAGUCGAAGGUGUCCGACUGGUAUGAUCUUUACGCCAACGAGAAAAGGUCUGUCACACACACCAACUGAGUACUGCAGUCCUACGGAUUGUGCACUUGGUACGCAGGUGCUGCUUGGCGCAGUGUUGAGGUACGAUAGAUUGCGAAUGGAGAGGGGAAUGCUUACUUAA